AUGUCUACACGUUCUGUUGCAAGCUCCAUCAUCGCCGCACCAACUGAGAAAGUAUGGUCUGUGAUUAGAGACUUUACUUUCCCCUCCAAGGUCAUCUCUACGAUCGAGUCCGCCGUCAUGGAUGACAACGCCAGCCCAACUUCUGUUGGUGCCGUCCGCACAUUGAAAUGGAAGACUGGUGAGAUCAGAAAGCACCGUCUCCUUGAGCUCAGUGAUAUCUCUCUCACUGUUGUCUGGGAGGUGAUCGAGAGCAACCCACCCACCGAGGUCACUGCCACAAUCAGCUCAAUCAGACUCCACCGUAUCUCUGACACCAACCAAACUCUCAUCACCUGGGAAGGUGAGUUCAGCUCCGAUGUCAAGAACGACGUUAUCAACUUUGAGCAAAAGUCCUACCAGCUGAACAUUCAAGAGAUCAAGAAGUUCUUCUCUUCCAACUAG